CAAAAAACGCACAGUUAACUACAAGCAGUUUUCAGUUCUCAACAUGAAAAUUUUCUCACUUCAAGUUUUCGGGUUCUUGUUUCUCGUUAGCGUUUUUGCUUCCGAAGCUGCGGUUCGCCGUGCUACAUUCGUGGUGCAAGAAACUUCGUACACAAGGCUCUGCGAUACGAAGAAAAUCUUAACGGUUAACGGCCAGUAUCCUGGUCCGACACUGUAUGCUGAAACCGGUGAUACGAUAAUCGUCGAUGUCCAAAACAAAGGAAACCAAAACAUAACCCUUCACUGGCAUGGAGUGAAACAGCCUAGAAAUCCGUGGACGGACGGCCCGGAAUUCAUAACCCAGUGUCCGAUAAAACCAGGAGGAAGAUUUAGCCAACGGGUUAUAUUAUCCGACGAGGAAGGAACAUUGUGGUGGCAUGCUCACAGUGACUGGUCACGAGCCACCGUGCAUGGAGCCAUUGUUAUUCGCCCCAAGCAGGGAACUAACUAUCCCUUCCCUAAGCCUCACAAAGAAGUGCCUUUAAUUUUAGGGGACUGGUGGAAGAGUGACAUAGAGGAGGUUUUGCAAGAGUUUAUAAGGACAGGUGGAGACCCAAAUGCCUCUGAUGCUCUUACUAUCAAUGGUCAACCUGGCGAUUUUUAUAAUUGUUCCAAACAAGACACAUUCAAGUUAAUUGUAGACUAUGGAAAAACCUACAUGCUCCGAAUGAUCAACGCGGGAAUGAACAACAUCCUCUUCUUCGGAAUAGCAAAUCACACCUUCACAAUCGUCGGCCAGGAUGCCGCAUACGUUAAGCCCUUCAAAUCCGAUUACAUCACGAUCACCCCGGGCCAAACCCUCGACGUCUUAGUCGAAGCAAAUCAACCCCCUAACCAUUACUACAUGGCUUCUAAAGUCUACAUUGGUGCUGGUUUAGCACCUUUCGUCAGAUCCACCACCACAGCCGUACUCGAAUACCGCGGAAACUACACUGCCUCCUCACCACCGCCGUUGCCUAUUCUUCCAAACAUCACUAAUUCAACGGCGCCACAAAGUUUUAGUGCCAACCUUCGAAGUUUGGCCAGCGCGGAUCACCCUAUAAAAGUACCAGUAAAUGUAGACCAGAAGUUUUUGUUCACGGUUUCUGUGAAUUUCGUACCGUGCAACAAUACGACUGAUUGUCGUACUGCAAAUAAUCAGAGAUUCAGGGCGAGUAUAAACAACAUUACGUUUCAGUCUCCGAAGAUUGAUAUAUUGGAGGCCUAUUACAGAGGCAUUAAUGGUGUGUAUGGGGAUGAUUUCCCAGCGAAUCCGCCUCUGGAAUUCGAUUACACUGCGGAUAAUCUUUCAGCUGCACUGCGGAUACCGAGAAACGGCACUGAAGUGAGGGUUAUACCGUUUAAUACGACAGUGGAACUUGUUUAUCAAGGAACCAAUUUGCUAAGGGGCAUAGAACAUCCUAUGCAUCUGCAUGGAUAUAGUUUCUUUGUCGUCGGUACCGGGCUCGGAAAUUUUGAUAGAGAGGAGGAUCCUAAGCGGUACAAUCUUGUUGAUCCGCCGCUGGUGAAUACUAUUUCUGUUCCUAGAAAUGGUUGGACAGCGAUCAGGUUCACGGCAGAUAAUCCAGGUGUGUGGCUGAUGCAUUGCCAUUUUGAGCGACACAUAACUUGGGGAAUGGAGAUGACUUUCAUUGUGAGGAAUGGAAAGCGGUCUGAGCAAAAAAUCUUGUCACGACCUUCUGACAUGCCACCAUGUUGAUCCAAGAUGUGCAUGCCUCAUCACGGUUGAAAACUUGAGGUUGCAUGAUAUGACUUAGAGUACUUGGUCAGCUAAUUAUUAUUCUUUGAAUUGUUGUAAUAAUCGUCAUCUUCUCGUCAAAGGAAAAGAUCUUGUAAAGUUGUAAUAACGAUAGGGUAAUAUGUCGAACAUGAUUGUUUGAAUUCGUCAGUUUCAUUAUUUGUAUCAACUAUUAUUCUGUGCUCUGGUUCAAUAAAACAUAUGAUAUUCUUUCU